GGUCUGUGUUUUUGUUGUAAAAAAAAAAAAAAAAAAAAAGGUGAAAAAGGAGGAGAGCGAGAGAGUGUGCGGGAUCCGAGUCUGAAGCUGAGCGAAGCUACAGCCGAGGCAGGCCUGAUUCAGGAAACAGCAACAGACCGGGGACGGCAAAAUCAUGGCCAACAUCGCAGUCCAGAGGAUCAAACGGGAGUUCAAAGAGGUUCUAAAAAGCGAAGAGACGAGCAAAAAUCAGAUAAAGGUGGACCUGGUAGACGAGAAUUUCACAGAGCUGAAGGGGGAGAUAGCGGACCCAGACACCCGCGAGUGAGGACCCCCGCCCGCCCCAGGUGGCAGAUAUCAACUAGAAAUAAAGAUUCCUGAAACAUAUCCAUUUAACCCUCCAAAGGUGCGUUUUAUUACAAAGAUAUGGCACCCAAACAUCAGCUCGGUCACUGGGGCGAUAUGCUUGGACAUUCUUAAAGAUCAGUGGGCAGCCGCCAUGACGCUGCGCACGGUGCUGCUAUCGCUACAGGCUCUGCUGGCGGCAGCGGAGCCAGACGACCCUCAGGACGCAGUCGUGGCGAAUCAGUACAAGCAGAACCCAGAGAUGUUCAAACAGACGGCCCGACUGUGGGCGCACGUGUACGCGGGCGCGCCCGUCUCCAGUCCCGAAUACACCCGCAAAAUAGACAAACUGUGCGCCAUGGGCUUCGACAAAAACGCAGUAAUAGUGGCCUUGUCUUCGAAAUCGUGGGACGUGGAGACGGCGACAGAGCUGCUGCUUAGCAACUGAGUCCACCCUCCGAGGCUGCGUCACUAGGCUUGAACACUCCACCCAAAUCACCGCCCCAGUCCACAUGCCCCCCCCCCCCCCCCCCCCCCCCAAUUCUAUCUCUUUCAUUUCGGCCAAAUUCUCACCCCCCCCCCCCCCCCCCCAAUACUACUUUUCCUCCCGACUACAGUUCAGUACCUGUAGUGCAGUCCCGGCCCUCCUCCAGCACCUCCAUUUUACCUCCAGAUUUAUGGUUCUUACUUUUUUAAAGAAUACAUAUACGUUCCCUUUUAAAAAAAAAAAAAAAACAGCGAAUGAAACGCAUCCGAUACGAUCCUGAAAAUUGAGACUGGGGUGUGAAAAUGUUUUUGAAGCACCCAAAAAAGUUCAUCUGUAAAUAAAGGUAUUAAAGUCUGUGUAAAUUAAAAAAAAGAAAAUACAUGGGGAAAAUACUUUCUUUCGUAAUAUUGUAAAAUCACCUUGAAUCUGAGCUGUGCUUAUGAAUGAUGAUAAUGAUGAAGAAAACGUGGCCUAUAGGUUUAUUUUUGACAAAUGUAUAAUGGCAAAUGCUGUCAGGUCCUGUGAAAGGUUUCCGGAAGUUUCUUUGUUUUUUGGCUGUGGAGCUGUACGGUGUACACUCAUUGGGUUAAAUUGGGCCUGUGUGCCGUUGGUCGGGGGGUCAUGGGGUCGGCGGGGGGGGGGGGGUCAGCUCGGCUGUACGUGUGGCGCUCACCAGUGCUCUCGCCUCAACACCUGCAUGGCAGGUUCUGGCUCUGCUGGUCAAGAACAGGAAGAGGUUUUCACCCCCCGCUACUCUCGGACGACAUUGUCCGUUUUGAAAAACUUGAGUUUUCCUGAACAAGGGAGAAAAUCACUGAUAUCAUACUCGUUUGUACCAACACACGCAAACUCAAACCUCAUCGAUCCGCUGGGCCAGAUGACGUGCUGGAAGAGAAGGCCGUAUGUAUUAAUGCUAUGUUUGUAUUACGGAUUCCCCUCUUCCCAUUGCACCACUUGUACAGGUAUACAGGUUGGAUUGUACAGUAUUAUUAGUCAUUUAAAUGCCUUUUUUUUCUUUCUUGAAAUUCAGUGAAUCAUAAAACGAAGAGUGGAACUCUUCGUAUACUCUUCAUAUCCUGUUUGCAGUUUCUUUUCCCUCACCUCUCAACCCCCCCCCCAUCCCCCCCACAAAGUACCCUUGCUUCCUCCCUCCCUUUCCGGUUGCCGUAGAAACGUCGACCCCCUCGCCCCGUGCGCCGAUUGUUCCCGUGCUCGUGUCUCUUGUGGAUCGACGGCAGCGGGGGCUCGAGUGGACCGCGGGGCUGUGAUCCACUCGGGGGCUAAAAAUAACAAAAGGCCUCUGAACGACAAGCCGAGCUCGCGGCCCCGAACACAGGACCCUGUUCCGUGGGGUUGGCCCCCAGCCUUUCCAGGCCCUGCAGUUUGGCCUGCGGGACGGGGGGGCGGGGGGCGGGGGGCACUGUGCCAUCCCAGUCAGACCCAGAGAGGAGUGGCUUCAGCUUAAAUUUACUCCCCAGUCCCAGCGUUCAGUACCCUGAGGCGCUAGCUUGUCCAUCCGACGGAAAGCGUAAAAUGUCACCGUUGCGGAGCACGGCGGAGUUUUUAGAGGAGUAGUUUUUUUUGGUUGUUUUUUUUUGGCUGCUCGGGGGUUCGUAUUCGUCACUGAUGGGGAUGUGCUGAAUCAGGGAUUAGCGCUUAGCCUUUCUGCUUCCCUCCGCAACCGUUCCGGCUUCCCGCCCGCCAGCACGGGGCUGCGUGGCGACCGCGCUCCCAGAGGGUCUCGUUAAGAAGCCUCCGUUCGCUCUCACUAAAUUCUGACACCGUCGUAGAAGAGUAAUAAAAGUUACUGCAUGGGUUCUCGGUUUUAAGUGAAACGCUCUUUACUCCAAACUUUUAACUGAUGUGACUUUUUAAACUUUAUCCGCAAUUCUGAGGUUGGAAAGUCAUUACCAUUAAUGAAACCAUGCCACACUUUCUUUAUUUUUUUUGCUGAAGAUGAAGGACAGCACACUUGGUGGUACUGUUGAAUCGGACCCAAGUAUCUUAUUGGCCUCAUGGUCCCAACAACAGCUGCAGUAAAUGUUACUCAUGUAACCAGUUAUCAUACAGGUACAAUCCUCAUUCCUGAUCCAAACUGUUAAACAGUCUGUUCCAGAAUAGGGUUAGGGUUUUAUUUUUUUAAUUUACAUAACUGGUAAUUAUGGAAAAUAAAAUUCAAAAGGGGUAAACCAUAUUCAACUGGGUCUGUUAGUCAACCUCAUUCUUUCUGUGGUGAAUAAGUGCUACUUAUUAAACACACCCAAGGCGAAAAGUUUUUUUUUUUUACUGUAUAUAAAGCUAUGCCAUUUGCUAUGGGUACAGCAUUCUUGAUUUUUAAAUGUUAUGCUGUAGCUGAUACUACUUCUGAUAGGCUUCUUCACUGCACUGGGAGAAAACAGAUUGCUUUUGUUGUUUUUGUUACCGAUUGUAUUAGAUUUAAAAAAUGAGCUCGCUGUCAGAAGCAGCAAGGUAGCAGAGUACUGUAUGUUCAUAGUGAGCUACUAGACCAUCUUCCUGCCGUUCACAAAAAAGGAAAAAAAGCUUUAGGCCGAGACUCAUUCCAGCUUGCAUUGCAGUUUUUCCAGAAUUUUGAAUAACUUAAAAAAGAAAAAAAAGAAAAAUGCAUUACUGGUUGAUCUUGGCAACCGCAGAACUCGUGCAAUUGAAGAGUAACCAAUUAGAAAGGGGCAAGCUGACACUGUGGCUCCAGAUGGCUUUGUCCAUGUCCCACACUCCAGACGAUGGACAGAAUUACACUCUUCCCCCUUACACUGUGCCCGCCCAACCCCCACCCCCCCCUGAGUUCAACAGCGGGGCUUCGUUGAGGGUUCAAACCCGAACCUCUCCCCAUCAUCUUGUACAUACAGCAGUGGUUUUUCAUGUUUAAAAAAAAAAAAAAACAGCUAACAUCUUAGAAUGCACCAUUGAUGGCUGAACUUUUUUUGUAAAAAAAAAAAAAAUGAAAAAGAAAAAAAGAA